ACCACAAGAAUGGAGAAAAUGGUUUCGAAAUUGGUGUUUAAAAUGACUUUGCUGAUGUUAAUGUUUCAGUUAGCAAAAGCAGCAGCACCUGUAGCGAAGUUCGGUUGUCCAGAUCGAUGCGGAGACAUUACCAUUCCUUACCCUUUUGGAACUGGAAAAGACUGCUACAAGGACGAAUGGUUCGCGGUUGAAUGCAACAAAACCACCAAUCCUCCUAGAGCUUUUAUAAGUCGAAUCAAAAUGGAGGUGCUGAAUAUUUCAGUUGAAAAAGGAUUGGCUACCGUCAAAAGUCCAGUAAUAUCCUUCAAUUGUACUGGCAGGGAAGAUGGUGGAUCUCUGGAUCUCACUGGAUCUCCCUUUGUUUUCUCCGAUUCCUGGAAUGUGUUCAUUGCAGGAGGUUGUGAUACUCGAGCUUUCAUGAGCGGGAUUGAGCCGCAAGUCCUCGGUUGCGUGCCUACAUGCGGUAACCAGCGGAGUAACGUUAGCUUGCAAGAAAAUAAUAUGUGUUCAGGUCGAAAUUGCUGUCAGGCUUCAAUCCCUUCACUCCUUCAGGUUUUCAAACCAACAUUAGUUUCUACUAACGUUGAUCAAGGUAGAGAAGCAUGCAAGCUAGCCGUUUUGGUGAAUGGGACAUGGUUUGCAUCGAAUAUAAGUGAUCCAUUCGCACUGCUGCAUAAAGAUUACGUUCCAGCGAACUUGGGUUGGGUGAUGAAUAUAAGUGAUUCUGAUAUUUCCAUUUAUUGCAACACGUAUUACAAUCAAUCCUUAAAAUCUGAAUGUGCGUGUUGGCGUGGAUUUGAGGGUAACCCUUACCUUGAACUUGGUUGCAUAGAUGUUGAUGAAUGCAAGACCUCAGAGAAAAAUACGUGCCAAAGAAUGCUCAAAUGUGUGAAUACACGUGGAGGGUAUAGAUGUGCGAUAAAUAAAAUUUAUAUAAUUAUCAUAGUUGUAGGAUCAGUCAUCUUUAUAUUGGUACUGCUGUUUGGCCUUUGGAGGCUUUAUAAACUUAUAAAGAAGAGGCAGAACAAGGAACUCAAAAAGAAAUUCUUCAAACGUAACGGUGGGCUAUUGUUACAGCAACAAUUAUCCACUAGUGAUGGUAGCGUUCAGAAAACAAAAAUAUACAGUUCCAAGGAGUUGGAAGUAGCCACCGAUGGUUUUAAUGUGAACAGAAUACUUGGAGAAGGUGGUCAAGGCACUGUUUACAAGGGAAUGUUAACAGAUGGAAGAAUUAUUGCUGUUAAAAAGUCCAAAGUCGUUGAUGAAGAAAAUCUCGAAGAAUUUAUUAACGAGGUCGUCAUUCUCUCACAAAUGAACCACAGAAAUGUGGUUAAGCUGCUAGGUUGUUGCUUGGAGACUCAAGUUCCUAUACUAGUAUACGAAUUCAUUUCCAAUGGAAAUCUUUACAAGUAUAUCCAUGUUCAAAAUGAUGACUUCUUGUUAUCUUGGGAAAUGCGAUUACGGAUUGCCAUUGAGGUUGCGGGAGCCCUUUCUUAUCUACACUCGGCAGCAUCAAUUCCGAUUUAUCACCGUGAUAUCAAGUCUACAAACAUACUCCUAGACGAGAAAUAUAGAGCCACAAUAUCAGAUUUUGGAUCUUCAAGAUCCAUUGCCAUCGAUCAAACUCACUUGACCACUCAUGUGCAGGGUACUUUUGGCUACUUGGAUCCAGAGUACUUCCAGUCUAGUCAAUUUACAGAAAAAAGUGAUGUUUAUAGCUUUGGAGUGGUUCUGGUUGAGCUUUUAAGCGGAAAAAAACCGAUAUUUUCCGCUAGCCCAACAGAAAGUAGAAGUUUAGCCACACAUUUUAUCAUGUUGAUGGAAGAUAACAGGUUGUUUGAUAUUCUUGAUGCUAGAGUCAAAGAGCAUUGCCAUAACGAAGAAGUUGUUGCUGUCGGCAAUCUUGCAAGAAAAUGCUUGAAUUUGAAUGGGAAAAAUCGGCCAACAAUGAAAGAAGUAACCACAGAGUUAGAGAGGGUAAUUCAAAAGGGAUCAAAUGUUCAACAAGACAGUCAAGAGAAUGAAAGUAUCAUGGCUGAUCUCAGUAUGCAAUACAUGGGAUGCAUUUCCGACAUCAAUAAUGACUUGUGAUUUUAAUAAUUCUUCAUCAUCAGACGUUGAUCUUUUGAUUAUCAAACAAUUAAUAUGUUUUUCUUAUUAAUUACCAAAUAGAAUGUUGGCUUGUGUGUUA